AUGCAGCGAUCAAGGAGAAGUAUCAUGAGCAGUGCAAGUGUUUCGUCUACGGAACGAACACCGAAGCGUACUACUAAGGUACCCGUUUCUGAGCACCGAAGGCUACAAUUACGACUAGCACAGCGAGCCUAUCGCUACCGCAAGGACACAAUAACCUUGUCUUUGCAGCACCGACUUGAAUAUCUGCAGACACAGAUUCAGAAUCUACAUCGGACGUUCCAAGCAUACAACUGUCAAAUAGAAAGAUCCGGUGUAUUAUCUUUGGAACCGGCUCUUGAAGGAACGCUGCAACAAUUGCGCACGCAGAUUCUUGCAAUCUCUGCUGCUGAAAAUUCGAGUAAUGAGGGCAGCAGUACAAUUCAAAUGAAUGAAAUCGCAUCGACUAUGACCCAAGCGAGGCAACAGCAGACGCACUCACAGGAGUCAGAAGACGACUUUGGGUCGACCAUAUCAAGACCAGUCAAUGGGGCCUUCCAUUUAGCUAGUCCAAUCUCCUCGUCUAACAGUGCCGACCACCAGGAAAACAACCCACGGGGCAAAACGUCAGCCCACAGUUAUUCAUCCUUUCCAACAUCCAGCCUGCCUAUUGUCAACCGUCCAGAACUAGUGCCAUGCGCUAUAGAUGAUGGUGCUUUCCUUAAGAUUCUGCACCGCUCACAUCUCUUAUCUUCUUCUACUGCUUCUUUCCGCGAGACAUCCUUUGAACGCCGGUUGCAUCGAGCCUGUCUGAAAAACGGAUAUAACUUGUUGGCAGAUCCAACCUCUGAUCCAGACAUUGUGAACCGGGUGUUCAGGCUCACGUUAACUCUGUCCACCCGAGAUUCUAUAGUCCAAAAGAUGAAAGGAAUCCUAGAAAGUGGCUUAGACGAAGCUCCAGAGAUAUGGGAUAUGCCCUUCUACUUGCUAGGGGGCGCUGGGACUCACUAUCCUCGAAGGGAUCGCACAGGAAAGCCUAUCCUUCCUCCGAAUGCCUUACCGACAAGUCAACUUGUUAGUGCUUUUGUGCAUCAAAGAACAGAGCCACAAUCCUUCCAGAGCGACCAUGACCUUCUGGCCGAUUUUGGCCUCAAUGGCGAGUGGCUUGAUUCACAUGACGUGGAAGGCUAUCUUGAGGAGAAAGGUAUCUUUUUAAGUGCAGAUACUGCAUUUUGCAGGGUUCCCGCCCGCGCAUUCUCAAUGGAUCCCCGGCAUUCCAAUGUAACAGGUGCCAAUGCUCAACACGUCAUGGGCAUGGACGAAUCAGCCCAUGGUUAUAUGCAUCCUUAUAAUGCGGAUCUUAUGGAAAUCCAGGCAGGAGGAUGGGUAUCAGACACACAGCUUACUUUAGGCCCUGCUAUUGGUGCAAUCGCUGCUGGCAAUACUGUUGUUAUCAAACCAUCUGAAAAUGCCCCUCACAGCGCCGUUAUCAUACAGAAGAUCUGCGACGCGUCUCUUGACCCCCUUUGCUACUCCAUUGUCCAGGGCGGUGUACCUGAGACUCAGGCUCUUUUGUCCGAGCGCUGGGACAAGAUUUUCUUUACAGGCGGUGCUAAUGUUGGCCGUAUUAUCGCUAAGGCAGCGGCGCCUCAUUUGACUCCCGUGGUCCUUGAACUAGGCGGUAUUAACCCGGCCAUAGUCAGCAAAACGGCUAACCCGCGUUUAGUCGCGCGUCGUAUGCUUUGGGGCAAAACCGUGAACGCUGGUCAACUAUGCACUUCGCAGAAUUACCUCCUUGUCGAUCAGAGUAUCGUGCCUCAGGUAGUGGAGGAGUUCAAGAAGGCUUAUAAGAUCUUCCACCCUAAUGGUGCUAAGCAAUCUCCGGACUACUCACGCAUCAUCAAUAAGGGUCAUUUCCAGCGCCUCAAGUCUAUGCUCGACAACAGCAAGGGCGAGAUUCUGCAUGGAGGCACCUUAGACGAGGAAGAUCUCUUCAUUGAGCCCACGGUUGUGCAGGUAAAUUCUAUUGAGGACUCACUUUGCACAGAGGAAAGCUUUGGCCCUUUCAUUCCAAUUCUACCCGUCCAGAACUUAGACGAGGCUAUUAGCCUCGCGGACAAGGUGCAGAGUACUCCGCUUGGUCUCUAUCCCUUCGGCUCUAAGACAGAUGCGGCUAAAAUUAUUUCGUCCACUCGAUCCGGGAGUGUCUCUUGCAAUGACGCCGCCCUCCAUAUACCUACCUUAGCCUUCGGCGGUGUCGGCGAAAGCGGCCAUGGCGCAUACCGCGGCCGUGCCAGUUUCGAUAUUUGGGUGCACCGACGGCCUAUAACAAGCAGCCCAAGCUGGCUCGAAUCUAUGCUUGCCGUCCGCUACCCGCCAUAUGUUGGUAAGCUUAGCAAAGUCAAGGCUGCCAACAACCUAGUGCCGGAUUUUGACCGCCAGGGUCAAAAGCUGACGCCGGGUUGGUUACGCUAUAUUUUAACUCUGGGUGGUGGAAGCGGGAAGGCCGGUGCAGGACGUGCUCUCAUUAUCGCUGCAAGUGAGUAG